UCUACAGCUCGGCUCUCUCUCUCUCUCUCUCUCUGAAAUAUUUCUCCAUGUCCGUCGUAACCGUCGUCAAAUCCCCCUAACGGAACCGCUUACGCUCUCAAUUCGUCCCCUUUUUUGUUCUUUAAAUCGAAAUUAGUGUUGGUUUUCGGUUCCGUACAUGGCGGAGGACGACGUCGUUCCCAAGACCUUCCGAGCUCUUGUCGAGAGCGCCGACCGUAAAUUCGCACGAGUUCGGGAUUUCCCGUCGUACGGGCGGGCACAAGGCCAACACUAUUUCCACAAGGUCUUCAAAUCCUACAUGAGGUUAUGGAAGUACCAGCAAGAAAACCGAGCGCAGCUAGUUAAAGCCGGUUUGAACCGGUGGGAGAUUGGCGAGAUCGCCGGUCGGAUCGGCCAGCUGUAUUUUGGCCAGUACAUGAGGACGAGCGGGGCUAGGUUUCUAGUCGAAUCCUACGUUUUCUAUGAAGCGAUUUUGAAGAGGAGGUAUUUCGAAGGGGGUGAAGUGAAGGAUCUUCGAGUUCGGUUUAAGGAGUUGAGAUUUUAUGCCCGGUUUUUGCUGGUUUCGUUGAUUUUGAACCGGACCGAGAUAGUGAAAGUUGUAGUUGAAAAGCUUAGAGCUCUUGUUGAUGACUGCAAGGCUAAUUUCCGGGAAACAAACUUUAAAGAGUGGAAGCUAGUAGUGCAAGAAAUUCUCUGCUUUAUAAAUAUUGAUACAACUUUUACCAUUCCAAGUUCGAGGCCAUUUCGUUACUGUGCUAUUCUUGACAGUCAUCCAAAGUCUGCUUCAUAUGUAGCUCGAUUCCAUGCAAAGAAGAUUCUAAAGUUUCGAGAUGCUGUGGUCAUGAGUUAUCACCGGAAUGAGGUAAAAUUUGCAGAACUUACUCUGGAUGCAUACAGAAUGCUGCAGUGUUUAGAAUGGGAGCCUAGUGGAUCAUUUUACCAGAAGCAUCCUGCUGAACCAAAGGAGAAUGGUGUGGCAGUUGAUUAUUCUGGAGCUUCCGGACUAAUCGAUAUGAAUUUGGCUGCAGACAUGACUGACUCGACUCUACCUCCGAAUCCAAGGAAGGCUAUCCUGUAUCGACCAUCUGUGACACAUUUGAUAGCAGUUAUGGCAACAAUUUGUGAGGAGAUGCCUCCAGAGAGUAUUAUGCUUGUUUAUCUAUCAGCCUCAGGGAAGCCUGGUCAUAUUAAUGCCUCUCAGGUAGAAACUUCAGGAGGAUCUAGGCGAACAAGAAAAAGCAUGCUCGUUUCUCACAACUCCCUUGAACAGAAUUGCUCUGCACCUGAAUCCCAUGUCAAUGGUGUGAAAGAGUAUAGUGACUACUAUGACAAUUACCUGUGGUUAGGUCCUAAAGGAAAUGGUGGUUCAAGUAACCUCUAUCCCGGUGAUAUAAUUCCUUUCACCCGAAGACCUCUUUUCUUGAUCAUUGACAGUGACAGCAGCCAUGCAUUCAAGGUCUUACAUGGUGCAGAAAGGGGAGAAAAAGCUGCCCUACUGCUUUCUCCAUUGAAGCCAUUUUUCAAGGACCCAUCCGCCGCUGAUAUUAGUCAGAAUGGAAGUCAGUUUACCUUUUUCUUGACUGCUCCUCUACAAGCAUUUUGCCAUAUGGUCGGAUUCCCCUUGUCUGAUAAUGACAUGGAGGUUCUAGACGCUGCCGAAAGCAUACUAUCUACUGCUUUCUCCAAGUGGGAAGUAAUUCUUUGCAAAUCACCUAGCCUGGAUCUGAUUUGGGCACAGGUUUUAUCUGAUCCAUUUUUAAGGCGGAUUAUUGUUAGAUUCAUAUUCUGUCGAGCCGUGCUUUCUGCCAUCUCCCUGGAAGAAGGGAGUGAUCAAUUUCUUCCACUUUGCUUACCAGAACUUCCUAAUUCCCUCUCUCCGAAGACUGAUGUUGUGCAGUCUUCUGUCAUCCAACUUGCAGAUCACCUGAAAGUUUCCCACUGCUUUUACUUUGCCGAUGCAUAAGUGGGACCUUUUAUGUUGAUGAAAUCUGCAACGUAACAUUGUUGCAUCCAAUACAGAUCUUAUGGUGCUGUAGCUCCUAGAGUUUCGAGACACGUCGGACUUUCUGGGCCCUGAAGGUAUAUGAUUGCUGAGUGGGGCUUAAGCCAAGCAUUGUCGAGGGGUAUUUGAUUGAGCAUGCUUUUGCUUAACUUCCAUACAUGACUUUGCUGGUGAGCAUAAUCUGUAUUCUGGUUUGGUACCAAGUUGAGAUGGGUGCUUGAUAACAUGCAACAUAGUUUAGUAAAGGCUUUAGGAGUCAGUUGAUGUAUCUAAAGGUAAUUUCUGUGCCAGCAUUGCAUUUGAGUUUGGGAUUAUUGUUUUGUUUUUCCAUUUUGUUCCUUUUUUUCUGUAAAAAGAAAAGUGAGUCUGGGGGUAGGGUAGUGGGAUUAAUUCUUUUUCCUUUUGACGGGUUUGAUUUACAUGUAUUCUUAGAAAAAGGUAAAAGGGUAGAAGGUUAUUGAAUAUGAUUUGUAUUUGAGGAAUCAUUUCUGUACAUGUAUUACAUUUUCCUUUUAUAUAGUUGGACUUUUGUUUGUCUUC